AUGCGGCGGAGGCGUCGGGUGGCGGGAGACGUUAGCGGCUCAUCGCUCGGGGAGGCGUCACGCCGCCACUGCGCUCGGGGGGCACUGGGGCCUGGCCCGAGCCUCCCCCGCCCCCUCGCGGCCCCCGGACCCCUCGCGCCACAGCGAUCACCCCCCCGCGCCGUGAGGAAAAUGCGUGCCACUUUUUCCCCCGUCUGCGAUCGCUAA